AUGCUGAUGGUGCGAAAGGACGCGAACACGGUCGGAGGUGACUGGGCGAUCCCGGGUGGCUUCGUUCACAUGGAAGAGGCAAUCGAGGACACCGCCAAGCGUGUUCUUCGCGAAAAGGUCGGCGUGAUUGAGGUCUAUCUCGAGCAGCUAUUCACCUAUGGAGCUCCGGACAGGGACCCGCGCGAACGCGUCAUAAGUGUCACGCAUUUUGCCCUUGUUCCAUUUGAAAACCUGAGCCGGCUGGUCAAGGCCAACAAGGAACUGACCCUUGCGCAAGUACACACCGACUGGAAGGACGACACGGGGGCCAGUGCCCGUGCCUUGACCGGAACGCUUGGCGAACUGUCCCUCGCAUUUGACCACGCAUACAUUCUCGGUGACGUGGUCAAACGGCUGCGAGGCAAACUGGACUACACGAGCGUGGCUCUUGAACUGCUUCCCCCGGUUUUCACCUUGCGGCAGGCGCAGGAGAUCUACGAAGCCAUCCUCGACCGGCCGCUUACCAAGCCGGCAUUCAGCAAGGGACUGUCCUUCUGGUUCCUGCCGGCGAGAACCUCACUCAGUGAAAUACCGAUGGAUGACCGCACUCUGCCCUUCCUGCUGAAAGGGCAAUCCAGGGAUUAUCAGGACCUGACUGUACAAGGCAGCAUCAUCUGGCGUGUCGCGAACGCGGAAGUUCUCGGAGACCGCAUCGAUUUCACCAUAGACCUGAAGAAGGGCCUGCUGAUGGGGCAACCCAUCGAUCAGAUCAAUGACCAGAUCGGCUCGCUUGGCAGACGCUACAUUUCCGCCUACGUCAAAUCCAACACGGUGCGGGACCUUCUGGAGGCAGGUGUGGAACCAUUGCAACUUGCCUUGAGAAACGGGUUUGCAGAAGACGGCACCAUGGCGGCAAUGGGCGUCGAGAUCGUCGGCGUCGGAGUGGAUGACGUGUCUCCCAGCUCCGCCCUUGCCCGCGCCCUGCAGACGCCCACAUUCGAAGACCUCCAGCAAAGAGCGGAUGAGGCGACUUUUGCCAGACGUGCACUUGCCGUGGAGAAAGAACGGGCGAUUGCAGAAAACGAGCUGAGCACAAAAAUUGAACUGGAGACCCAGCGCAAGCAGUUGAUCGCGCGUGAAGAUGAAAAUGCCAGGUUCCAGGCCGAAGCCCAGGCCGCUGCAUUGAAAAUCGAUGCAAAUGCCGAAGCCGGCCGGAUCCGGACCAUCGAUCAGGCGCGCACCGACAUGGAAAAGGAACGGAUGGCGGUCUAUGCCGAUCUUCCUCCCAUGGUGAUGUUUGCAAUGGCAGCUCAAGAGUUUGCCGGCAAACUGCAGAACAUCGACAAUCUGACGGUGACCCCCGACAUGCUGUCGAAUGUGAUCGGCCAGGUCAUGAGCAGUCUGGCACCCCGCGUUGUCCUCGUGACCCGGCAAUCGGAGUAUCAGGCGCUGCUGGCUGCUCAUGGAACGCGGGGACAGGCCGCCUUUUUUCUGCGGAGCCGGGAUCAGGACAUCGAUGAGGUGGAAGCGGUACAUACUGCGCUGCAGUCGGCGAUUCAGCAGACAAAGGCAGCCGUGCCGAAUGACUGGUCGGUUGCCAGUGUCGAGCGUGACGAUCUGGAUCGGUUCCUGUUCACGGAAAAUGACAUCGUCAUGGCCAUCGGACAGGAUGGGCUGGUUGCCAAUCUGGCAAAAUACUGUUCCGGCCAACCUGUGAUAGGCGUCAUGCCGGGGCAGUCCGGUUCGGAGGGAAUUCUGACAAGAGUUCUCCCGGGCGAGGUUGCCCCACUGCUCAGGUUGAUAGAAAACAAUGACGCUCCAAUCGAGCGCAGAACGAUGGUGUCCGCCAGAGCCGGCGGGGGUGAAACACUGUGUGCGCUCAACGAGCUCUUUAUCGGCCACUGCAGCCAUCAGUCAGCCCGCUAUUUCAUUCGCACGGCUGGGCAGGAAGAAUACCAGUCGUCUUCCGGCGUAAUCGUUUCCACCGGGACAGGUGCAACAGGAUGGGCGAAAUCCAUCAUGACAUCGACGCACCAGAUGUUUGAGAUACUGCCAACAGAUCCAACAGCGCUCUAUUUUGCCCGCGAGCCGUGGCCGAGCCAUCUCAGCGGCUGUGAAAUGCGGGCCGGAGCCAUUCGCGAAGGUUCCGUUUUGCAAAUGACCUCACGUAUCAACGAUGGCGGUGUCAUCUUUGCCGACGGUAUCGAACAGGAUUUCAUGCGUUUCGACUGGGGCCGCCGGGUGACCAUUUCGAUCGCUGACAAGACACUGAACCUGGUCUCCGGUCUUCACGAGAACCUUCCAGCGCAUUAG